AUGGGACGCCUCGGGAUACCCGGUCCUUUACGGGUGUAUAAUGUCUCGUUCCCACGACUACACCCAGUUAUGAAGUUCUAUUGCACAGAGUAUUCUACUCAUUAUGGAAAGGAAGGUUUCAUUCCAAGGACUGGACGCCAUUACGGCACAGGAUAUCAAUCUAAUUUUAGACCGGGGGUGUAUUACAGUCGACGUCUGGAUGAGCUUGACAACCCAGCAAUGGGGUAGGUUAUGCAUUUCUUGUAUUUACAACGGCGAAAAAAUUACUCUGUUGAUAGUACAUACAUUGGCAAAUAUCAUUGUACAGGUGUAUGCAUGCACAUUAUUGUUUGUUGCACAGGAUACAGCAGCCUGGGCAGAAUUACUUACGUCACUCUUAGACAAACCCUUUAAGUGCCGGUCCUAAAAGUGUUGAUCUUGGAGAGAGUGGACAAUAGAAUCAUGUAAACAACUAGCGAGUUUGCAUCAAGUGCAUCAAAAUUCUCAAAUGUACUAGCAUAAUAAUUAUUAUACUCUCAUAGCAUUUUUGUUGUUGUCUUGCAGUCGUCUCUUAACAGACAACUAUUCAUCCAUUACCAAGAAACACUUCUUGCCAUCAAAAGGAUCAAGUGGCACUGACCCCUUCUCUAGAGGGCUGUAUAUGACAGCAACAAGUGGUUUUGUCAAAGACAUUCCUGUCACCAUUCCACGUUCAAGACAGGUUAGCCCCUACAUUUUUCUUUUAAUAUUAUUAUUACUGUAUUUUUUGUAGGGUAAUCACAACUAGGUUAACACAACUAUAAUCCAGACAAGGUAUGUUUUAAACUAACUACAGUAUCAACCUCUGUAACCCUAUCCCUAAAAUUGUGAGUUGAUUCAGAAGUUUCUCCAGCUAAAUACAUAAAGUAUUGUGUGAACACUUUUCGAAAUAAUAUCUGAUCCAUGUAGGUGAGGGAUGUUCAUAUUGACACCAAGGCUAAGGGCGCAGUUUACCCAUUCCAUCGUCCAUUGUUGCACACGCUCAAAGCCAAGGAUCCAAUCGGCAGGGAAAAUGCUUUCCAUGUAAGUACAUGUAAUACAUUGCCUCUAGAGUAAUGUCCAAGUACAGUUAUUGUAGUACAGUAGGUCCUUAAUACUAACAAGAGUUCAUUUAGAGGGGUACAGGAAAAUAAUUAACUGAAGAUAUUUCCUUUAUAAAGAUAACAUUGUCUUAAUAAUAAUUAGACUGACUGUAGAUUGAACCAAGUCUAUCAUAGAACAUAAUUACUUGGAAAAAUUAUGCUAACCUUACUAAAAGGUAAUAACUUUGAUAAAAACACAAGAUCAGAAAAACACUUUUUUCAUUCUUUUUCCAUUUGGUUGAUCACUUGGUGUCCUGAUAUGAUAUGAAGCUGCUAAAUCCCACACACAUCAUAUGUGAAAUGUAAAAAUGUAUCUCUGACUCAUAUUCUAACUGGAAUUAAUUUAUAACUAUAUACCUGUCCAGUAAUUUAUAAAGUAUGCAUUUGUACAUUUUCAAUAAUAAUGAUCAUACUUUUCCUUCUUUUAGGGGCCAAGCUAUAUGUCAACUGAAAACCAUACAAACUUUCUAGGAGUUCCUAGUCAGCGAAGUAAGUACCACAAAUUGAAAAUAAUAAUAUUGUUAAUAAAUUCAAGCACAGAAAAUGAAAUUCAGAUGUGUUCAAUUAAAAUAAUUGUACUGUAUACCUCAGGUGUAGAAAAUGUACAUGUACAAGUUCCUAUUAUUUUUUUCUAUACAAAAAGGUGAUAAUAAUAAAUGAUAAGUGACAAUGAUAAUUAAAUUAUUAAUGCAAUCAUGUAGAUACAUGUACUAGCUUAAAACACACAUGUGUGAAAGGCAGUUUACAUUGUCUGGUUAUGUGGUAUCAGUAAUUGUUCAAAGAACCUAGCAGUAUUUAAAAGUACUCUUGCCUUAUGAAUGAAUGAAUCAGAAACUUUUAAUGGACUUUGUUUGUACAUUGUGUGAUUUGUGUAACUUGAUGAUGUCAUUAUAAUGGUUUCACUAUAUAUUUUUUUACUUUUAGUGGAUACUUCAACAAAAACUGUUGGUUACAAGGAAGGCUCAGGUUUCACACAUGCUUACAAUGAUGAACCAAUCACUUUUUACCCAAUGGAAGCUCAUGAGGGAAUAAGAGAUGUAGGAAAUUGAUCACGCUCUCUAAUAAUUUAAGACCCAUUCAAUUGGAAUGGUAUUAUCAAGUUCAAUAAAUUAACAAAUAAUAUUUAAGAUCAAAAUUUUAAAUUAAAAAGCCCCAAAAGAUAAGAUUUUCCAGAGAUUUGCCUGAUCUCCAUGCAAUGUUCACUUAAAGUGAUUUUCUUAACAUUGUUUAUCGAUAUUCAUCGUUUCCCUGAUUUAACGUUUAAAUUUAUUCAAUAGUCUCUGCGGACCAGUAAGCCUUAUAAUAAAUAUUAUAUCUCAGAGCCAAGUUGUUUGAAAGACAUUAGCAUAAAUCCAACAUUAAGAGAAGUACAGGCUGGCUGAAAUACAUACAUAUAACCAAUAAGUAUACAGAGGACGAGAAAGUCAGGUUAGCCAUACAGUUGUAUCUAGGAGAUUAAAGUCUGUGAUUUAAUUAAAAAGAACCUCUCCAAAAAAACUAAAAACUGGGGAAAAGUAAUUAAUAAUUAUUGUAGAUGUAUGUUGCAGUUAAUUUUUUAUCUCAGGUAAUUUUUCUUUUUCCUUUUUUUUGGAUAUGGUAAAAUUAAUGUGUACUUAUGAAGUUUAAACAAAGAAAAAAUAAAAAUUACUUGAGGUAAAAAUUAACUACAACAUGUGCAUUAGAGUGUUAGAAAAGGAUAGAAGAAAUAACUCACUGUUCAUUUAUCAAAACAUUUCUUUGAUGGUAAUGUUUGAUUUUCAGCCACGAUGGACUUAUAGGCCAACUGGAUCUAGUAUCAUGAAGAGGGAUUUCCUGCCAGUGGAAUAUCUUCAUGUAUGUCAAGCUGUAUGCAAUAUGUUAAAAACAUUACAAUGCAUUAUGUCCUGCACAGAUUUGACCCAAGUAGUGUGCAUUCAAUAAUUUUUUAGCCAAAUACUGCAAUUGUUUUGUUUUUAUCAAGGUCCUUUGUACAUGUACUUAUGAAAGCUUACAGUUGUUUGUAUCCAAGGAUUAAGUGGAUCUAAGAUUUUAAAGGACAACCACAAAUUUUCUUACUACUUUUUUAUGUUGAUCUUUCAAGUUUUGACAGACAAGCCCGUGGUAGAGUGAUUUAAGGCCAGGCUAUUGUGUUUAAGCAAUGCUACAGUAAAACAAAAUAAACAAUCUGCCAUCAUUAACAUUCUCUUAAUCACUUGAAUAUCACUUCAACAGGGAAAUGAGCAUCUUCCUGUUUUGUCUCAUGGAUCAGAAAGAAAUACAGGAUUUACUCAUGGCACAAAAGCAAGACCAGUUUUCUAUUCAAAAGUAGGGCAGGUGAGGUCCAUUAUAAGGGUAUUGUUCAUGAUGUAAGUCUCCUGGACAUAGUUAUUGCUUCCUCUUGUGUAAUCACCCAUCAAAUGAAAGACGCGGCUGUGUUGGAGACAAUUGGCAAUGGAGAAAGAAAAAUUUCUGUUUCUGGUAUCUGGUACAUGCCCGGGGGGGCACUUGGAUAUUUUUUGGGUGGGUAUGUGCUGCCCGGCACUCCAGACUGGCACCCCAUUCUAAAAAAAAUUCCCCUAAAAUUGUUACCCUGUUCUAGAAAUGGGCCAAUUUUUUAUACCUAGCUUUUUUAUAUAUUUUUUAUAUAAUUUGCCCUAAAACUGAUACCCCGUUCUAAAAAUGGGCCAAUUUUUUAAACUCCAUUCUAGAAAGUUUGUAAAUUGAAAUAGCCUUCUUGCGGCAGCGUUCAAAUUUUAACUCGCAUUUUACUCUGCAAAUAUUUCUAGCAGGCUCUGAAUACGGUCAAUCUUUCUUCAAACCUGGGGGGGGUACUUCCUAUGAUGGCCUAUAUGCUAUACAGGGGGGGUCUGCUGGAAAAGGGUAUCUUUUUCAGGCUUCAGGUAUAUGAAAGGGUAGGGAUUUUACUCGUUGAAGUAUAUAACAAGGUAGGGAAAUCUGUGAUUUGGGUGAAUGGCCCAAAAGAGCUAACAGAUGGAUUUUAUGGCUUUAUAAAGACGAGAAAACGUUCUGUUUUGUGACUGAUUGCUAUUUAAAAGCAGCGCAUUUACAGCAGUUAAAAGGGAUGCAAAGUUCCAAACAAGGUAUGUGAAAGGGGUACCAUUUGUCAAUCAAUUAAUAGAAGGUGUACGAAACUAGGGGUACCUUUUUCGUGGGAAAUGGUAAAUACAAGGGUAAGGGGUUGGACCUCGGGGCGGAGCCUCCCCGUAUAAACAUUUGUUGAGUACCUCUUGGGGUUCAAACCGCGCUCCUUCCAAAACAAAAACAACAAUACCAACAACUACAACCCUAUCACCAGCGAAAAUCAGUGCUGCCAUACUUAGAGAGAGAAUGCGGAUAAAAAAACUUGCACCUUCCCGAUGAAACUUACCGUCAUUGAAUUUCUUCACUUCAUUGUUCUUUUCAGGAAUACACGAAAGUCGGCGAUGUCCAUCCUCGAGCCCAGGAGCGAAUAAAAAAGAUGGAUCCGGCUGAAUAUUCCAACAUGACGAACCCACACACUUUCUCCAGGUACAAGUGAAGUUGAUUUUAUGGAAAUUGUGUCUUCCUACACAAGUAAUUCAGUCAGUUAUCUUUUACCGUGGUCGCAAUAUUGGUUAAAAUACUAGCUUUGCAAUCUUGACAAAAAAUGGAUCUGAACUCCAUAUUCAUCCGCCAUUUUAUGGGGAGAGACUGGGCGGGAAACGUCGCGCGAAAAUAAUCUCGUCCCCAAUCUCUAUCGGCUUCGUGGCCGCGUAAAGCGCUUGAGGAGUUGUCAGAUUUCUUUGGUUCGUUCCUCAAACAAAUACAUUCCUUUUGCUCGGCCUUACCCGCAUACAAACAAAAAGAACCGCUUGGCAGGGGCGAAGAGAAACGCCAGAUGUAUUCAAUUUAUAUCCAUUUUUCUGUACCUCCUUAACGCAAUGCGAGCACCCGUGAGCUCGUGGAAUAAUUGUGGAAUAGACAAUUACUAUGCUAUCGCUGAAAUACCAUGUUUUCUUUCCUUUAGCAUUGCCAAGCUAUCAUUUAAAGGCAAACAGAGAAAUGAUCCAACUGAAGCGGAAAGACUGGGUAACGUUUCCACUGGAACAAAGGUAAGUAAGUUUUCUUUCAGAAAUUGGGAGGGGCGUAAAAAGGCCCAGUUCUCACUUCUCCCAACAAACCCCGAUAGAAAAUGGGUGCAAUAAUGAUUUUGCAUUUAGGCACACAAUACUCUUUAUUUAACGUGGUCAAUCUUCUUAGCUAAUUAGCUACCUUACAGACAUGCCAAGAAAAACAGACAUACAGGCAGGAUGUACAUGUUUGUCACAUCAGCCUCGUUUAAUGGGCUUACCUUCUGCGAGUCUCUUGCAGCUCAAUGGUAGAGCAGAAGGUCAUAGGUUCCACUCCAGUUAAGAGAAACCUGACUUUUUCUUCUACGAAUCGCCUAUGUCACUGACCGAAUAAACAUCGUUCCCAAUAAAUUAGGUCAAUUAGCGACAAGUAUGAUUAAAAAGAGUACUCAGUCAUUGCCUAGGAAAUCAUUUCCCAGAUAUGCAAGCUCAGCUUUGGAGGCUUUAAUAAGCUUCAUCAAGCUAGUUCUUUUCACAGAAAGUUGGGAAUUACUACCGAAACACCAAUACUCGACAGACUUAAUUCUACCAUGAGUUUGCUAGAUAAAAAAUAAUAAUAACAACAAAAGAAAAUGAAAAGGGCAGUAGCGCAUCAAUAGUAAAUGGUGCAUAUCUUGCUCAUUGCUUGCCGCACCACUUCAUCUUGUAACAUAUCCGGGCGUACAGUUUCAAAAUCUGUAUUAAAGGAGAUGUUAUGAACCUCUUAGUGUCGAGUCCUUAAAAUUCCCUAACAGACUUUAACUUUACUUGCUUGAAUAUUUUAGGAACUAACUGGGUACAGUGAAAAUAACGACCAAUACUUUGAGACAGCGGAGACUGCGGACUCACUAAGAAGAUUUGAAACUCACUACAAUGCCAAGUAAGUAUUUAUAAUUUAGAGGAUGAUAAAACAUGAGUUCAUUAAAAUUGCAAGAGAACCUACUUACUCCUUUGCCUCUUUCGCCAGACUGAAUGCAAAAUAUUCGAUUUUUUUUCACAAAAUCGGUUUUCAAGGCAGGGCAUGUAUUAAAGCGAAGAGGCGCGAGGCGACUUGUAGAGGUGAAAAAUAUGUGUACUUGGCAUUACACUCUCCGUGCCUUUAGUAUACUUGUCGGUUUGCCGGUUGGGAGAAAACUAAGGGACUCCACUGAUUAUUUCCCAGCAACUUCCUUGAAAAGCCUUUGAACCGCUUAAGUGACACUAUUCCUAUGGCGAUAUCUAAUUUUGUUUUUAAAUAGACAUUAUAACAUGAAUCCACGAGGCGAUGACCGGAUGGGUCGCACUGAGGGAAAUGUGUUCACUCAGCUACCAAAUGGUUUCACUAAAGGAACUAGUGUGCAUACAAUGGGCCCUGAUAUCAACACUACCGCCGAACUACGCUGGCAGAAACCUUAUGUAGCCAGGUAUGAUAAUCACAUUCAUUGCUUUAAUAGGUCUAGUGAUACAUUGUAGCUGGCGUAAAAACUCUGCCUCUAGUAACUGUGUGGUACCGUUGUAUUCCUGUAUUAUAAUUGUAAAUUUCUUCCGUUCUAUUUUGUGGGAGGCCUGUUUUAAGAUUUAAGGUUUCUUUUCAGGCUUUCUCGCCACUUUCUUUGCAUGUAACCUUUUAUUUUUCCGGCGUUGUUUGCCAGGCUAUCCGCAGAUACAGUGUGGUAGGGGCGUCGCGAAAAUGAAACAGCAAAGCAAAAAUUAGAAAAAACAAGUGUGAUCCGGUAAAUGGGUCUCUCUCCCCAGCCCCCGUGUGUUUUUCGCUUUCACUUUUUACCUUUUUACUGCACGGCUGCACAUUACAAUCUUGGAGCCUGGAACAGGCUACAACUCCCUAGUACUGCAAAUCCUACAUUUGUAAAUUUUUAUUUUAUUUUUAUUUCAGGAGUAUUAAAGCAAGAGAUCCGUACUAUGAUGACCACACCCAUGAUGCCAAACUGCACACGGCUGUUGCAAUAACUGCUUAA